CGUGAAUUGGCUUUUGGCUUCCAAUAGGACAAGAAGGCCGUACAUAACGUACCUGCAUACAGCAGUACAAUACGUGGAUGUGGUUUUGCGAUAUACGGACCCCUUUUUAUCUCGUAUUAUUAAUUGUAUUAUCUUGAGUACAUGAUUAUUUAUUUGUAAAUAAAUUGAAGUCACGUAUUUUAGUGUCUAAUUACUAAGCUACCAAGAAUAAACAAUGGCGUGGUCGGGCUACCAGAAGUUUCUGGCACUGAUGAUGGUGGUGACAGGAUCCAUCAACACCCUCAGCACUAAAUGGGCUGACAAGCUUUCAGCAAAAGGGUCAGAUGGUGUUGUGAGAGACUUUGAACAUCCAUUUCUACAGGCAUCUGCUAUGUUCCUGGGAGAAAUGCUGUGCCUCCUGACUUUCAAGAUACUGGUGUUCAAGUCACGGAACACUGAGGGUCAUGCCCUCACUAAUGGCAACCAGAACUUUAAUCCUUUCAUACUGAUGCCCGCUGCCAUGUUUGAUCUGAUUGGAACAUCAAUCAUGUACAUAGGUCUAACGCUGACGUAUGCGAGCAGCUUCCAAAUGUUCCGAGGGUCCAUCAUAGUGUUCGUAGCAGUGCUAUCAAUGACUUUCCUCGACAGACGCAUCAUCAGACGAGAAUGGUUUGGAAUUGCGUGCGUGAUCCUGGGGCUGGUGAUCGUGGGCGUGACGGACGCGGUGUACCAGGCGCCAGGCGAGUCCAAGGGCCGCAACAGCCUCAUCACCGGCGACCUGCUCAUCAUCGUCGCCCAGGUCAUCUCCUCCUGCCAGAUGGUCUACGAGGAGAAAUACGUCGCCGGUCUGAACAUCCCCCCGCUGCAGGCGGUGGGGUGGGAGGGGGUGUUUGGGUUCUCGGUGCUGUCUGCGCUGCUGGUGGUGUUCUACUGGACGCCCGCGCCGCCGCACUUCGGACACAACGCGCGCGGCACCGUCGAAGACGCUAUUGACGGGCUCGUGCAAAUCGGCAACAACCCACUACUACUGAUGGCCGUGCUGGGAACCAUCGUGUCCAUUGCAUUCUUCAACUUCGCCGGCAUCAGCGUUACCAAGGAGAUGUCUGCCACCACGCGCAUGGUUCUGGACUCCAUCAGGACAUUCGUAAUCUGGAUGGUAUCUCUCGGCGUGAGAUGGCAGGCGUUCCACUGGCAGCACCUAGUGGGGUUCGCAGUGCUGAUCUUCGGCAUGUGCGAGUACAACGGACUGGUGCCGCGUUGUGCGCGUGCGCCGCCCAAACCGGACGAUGAGGCGGAGCAGUCCGUCGUCAACGUCGACGCUGAUACUGUCAACGAGCCUUAGGUUCUACCACCACUUUAAGCGAACUUACACGGCCAUAGAAUAAGGAAUAUUACUACGUAUAGAACGGGAACUCUCCGCUCCCCACCAGCGGCUGAGCUAGGUUACCUUACCCCCUCGGUCUUACUUUAGUCUUCAAUCAUAAGGGCUUCAUACCUCACGCACAGAUGCGCGUGUACGAUGACGCCAACGUGUAGUGUCUGUAUAAAACGAGGUUUUUU